AUGACCAAUGAGGUCAAGGAGGAAGAUGCAAAGCGCCGUGGUACUGAGGAUGAGGAGUUCCCUGACGAUCCUGAAACGCUUGAAGGAUGCAUGGAUAUCCUGAAAGAUUGCCAAGUCAAAGCUACCCAGUGCCAUAAUGAAGUAGCCGAGUACGAGAAAGGGAACAAAAACUUUUCAACAAUGCCAUCACAGAUUUCGUCUACAGACAAUGAAAUAGGCGACGACGCCAAUGGUAAACUCCGGCUUGUCAAAUACCUUACUGGAAGUUACCCGGCCUACCGCGUACAUUGCAACAGGAGAUCGGUUUAUGAUAGCCCUGUGACGAAUCUAGUUCGCGCUUGUCUGGAAUCUGCUGCUGCUGGUCGGACCAAGUGUAAGGCUGCGGCUUGGAACAAGAGCAAGAAGACGUGCCACAAGAAGAAUGCAGGUUGCUGGGGUUCCAAGGUAGCUUUGAAACUCUGGUAA